GAGGUAAACACCUUUAAUGAUGAUGCAAUUCAUAGACUUUAUGCGAAGUUAAAGGCUGUUGCAAAUAAUAAACACUCACAGAACAGUGACAUAAAUGGUUCAGUCUUUUGGCACCAAUAUAUAGUGUUAUUGUGCGGAUAAGAGAAUGCUUAAUUCAUGACUGUUUAAGUGUAUGGUGAUAUAAAUGCAAUAAUAUAUCAAUUCUAUUGAUUGUGUAUUCAAGACUACAGUUUAGUGAAGAGGUUAAAUAACUUUUGGAGUACAUUUAAUUAAAAAUGUCAGCGACUGUUCCAUGUUUGGGAGACUACAAAGAAGUUGAUAUGCAUGAUAUAACAGACAGACCCUCACAGAGAGGGACAGAGAAGUACCAUGGUGGCAGUGGGGACCAUAGGCGUCAUGGCAGCGGGGACAAUAGACGCCAUAACAGCGGAGACAAGCGCAAUGACAAGAGCAAGUACAGCGUAGCCUACUACAAGAAUGAGGGUGAAACACGAGGGAAUUACCCCACGGAAGAUGAGAAUCCCAACGAGAGCCUUGUUCAGGACAUCUCCAGUACGGCGGUACUUACACCCUUGGAUGAUGACCUUGUCGGGGAGGUUCCAGAUAUGCCUGACCGAGGCAACUGGAGUGGUCGCUUUGACUUCCUUAUGUCACUACUGGGCUACUCUGUAGGCCUUGGGAAUGUGUGGCGCUUCCCUUAUUUGGCAUAUACUAACGGUGGCGGUGCAUUUGUGUUCCCCUUUGUUCUAAUGCUGUUUCUACUGGGGAUCCCCCUGAUGUUUGCAGAGCUGGCCCUGGGGCAAUAUGCCGGUCUGGGACCUGCAAGCAUCUUCAGUAGAUUCUGUCCACUAUUUCAUGGUCUCGGCUAUGGAAUGAUAUUCAUCUCCGGAGUUGUGUCCCUCUAUUAUACUUGCAUCAUUGCCUGGUGUAUACUCUACCUAUUCAUGUCGUUCAGAUCAGAACUACUCUGGGAGAGAUGUCACCCUGAUUGGACCACAUCGGGUUGCUAUAGCUUCUUACAGGCAGAUGAGUGCAAGGAAAAACCUGACUCAUUUUUCUACGGGAUAAAUAAUUCCUGCCUCAACCUGACGCAGGCUACUAUGGAGAAUCUUACCAAUUAUACGAUGGAGAAGCAUUCACCUGCACAGGACUACUUUGAGGUUGGGGUACUUAAGAAGUCCACCGGCAUAGACGUAAUGGGUGUGCCCCAGUGGCCUAUAGUCCUGUGCCUUCUCUUAGCCUGGGUCAUGACCUUCCUGGCCCUCAGUAAGGGGGUCAAGUCAACAGGAAAAGUUGUCUACUUCACUGCUCUGUUCCCAUACGUUGUGUUGCUGAUCCUGUUCUUCCGUGGUGUCACUCUGCCCGGUGCUAUGGAGGGAAUUAUCUACUAUAUAAAGCCCUCAUUUGCUGAACUAGGCAAUGCAAAGGUAUGGUCUGAUGCUGCAGCCCAGAUUUUCUUUGCUUUGAGCCCAGCCUGGGGAGGCCUGCUUACACUGGCAAGCUACAACAAAUUCCAUAACAACUGCCUCAAGGAUACGAUGAUAGUAGCAUUCGGUAACGUUGCGACCAGUCUGUUUGCUGGAUUUGUGAUAUUUGCCAUCAUUGGCUACCUGUCCCAUGAGCUCAAUAUGCCAAUUGAAAAAGUGGUGGCUGAAGGUUCCGGCCUGGCAUUCAUCGUGUACCCUGACGUUGUUACACGCCUCCCCAUAGGCCCGCUGUGGUCUAUAUUAUUCUUUGUCAUGAUGAUCACACUCGGAAUGGGGUCUGAGUUUGCCAUUCUGGAGACUUGUAUAACGGCUGUACAAGACACCAUGCCCAGUCUGAGAGAGAAGAAGACGUAUGUGGUGGCAGUUGUGUGUGCUAUUGGAUUUUUGGGAGGCCUUGCUGUGACUUGCGAGGGUGGCAUAUUUAUUCUGCAAUUGAUGGACAAUUACGUAUCUAGCUGGUCUGUGUUUGUGAUGGCGGCUACGGAGGCCAUUUUAAUUGGUUGGGUUUAUGGUACUGACCGGUUCAUGCAGGAUGUUGCCAUGAUGAUUGGGGACAUGAGCAGAUGGCGACUCUUCUUCAAGAUAUUCCUGCAGUUCCUCUCACCUCUGACCUUAGCUUUUGUGUUCAUAUUCAACAUCAUCAAGUACCAGCCCAUGAAGUUCGGGAAGUAUGAGUACCCGGGGUGGGCUGACGGUCUGGGUUGGAUCCUUGCUCUGUUCCCUCUGAUCUGGAUUGCCUCCUCCAUGGUCUGGAAGGUCUGUCAGGUCAAGGACCCCAACAUGACCACUAUAGAGAAAGUAAAGUUCCUUUUGAAGCCGUCCCCGGAAUGGGGCCCUGCCCACAAAGUGCCAAAGUAUGAGGACGUCAACCAUGAAAUCAACGGCGAGAGGAAUAUAGAGAACCCCAACUUUAGCAGCAAUGAUAGCGUUACCCAUGCUUGAAACUAAAGCAGGAAAUCAUCCAUGAAAAGAAUCUCGUUUGUUUAAAGCUCAAUUUGGUAACACAGACGGAACUUUUGAAUCAUCAGGUUGUUUUUUUUUAUGAGAAAUACGUUCCAUUUUGUGAAGUAUUGAAAUAUUAUGGAAGAUCUAGUUGAUUUCGUACACUUUUACUUAAUUUGGUUAUUGUUAAGAGAUUUCUAAUAUAUUGCAAAAUAUAGAAAGUACCUGAGUAUGCUUUUGCUAAAUUUAUUUGAAACAUGUCUAUGGUAUAUUUUAUAUAUUGAUUAAGGAAUGCGUUAUUCCAUCAGUUAGUGUACAUCAUCUUCUGUGUGAAAUUGAAGACAUUUAAGUAAAGAUCUGAUGUCACCAACAUUUUAAACCAAAAGCAAUAUAAACUUAACGCCUUAUCAAAGGUUAGCUCCUAUUAAAAAAAUAACAGUCAGAACUCGGUAAAUGCAGGAAUUAGAAGUUGUGAAAAGUGCUCAAGGAUGUAAAAGUAAUGGAAAACUAAUUUUUAUCAAUUAGCUUUAAUCUCUGUUACCAAAUUCAGCUUCUAAUGAUGAAAUAGUGCAUGAGAUCAUGGGGUGAUGUGGUCAAGCCCUCCCCUUGAUAAGACCUCUAAAGCUAUGACCACUGUCAAGGGCCGAGUGAAGAAAGCAAAGAAUCGCGUUGAGUUUACGCGUUGCAUAAACAAAUGCCUCAAUUCCCAUUGCCAUGUUCUGCACUCUAGGGUCAGGUUGUCCUAGAUUGAAAAGAAAUGUUUUUUGAGAAUGUAAGACAAUUGAAUGGGAUUGUUUUUUUUUGUUCGUACCAAGCAACAAUGAAGUUGUUGUUUGCAUUAUCAUCAUUCUGCAUGAUUCUGAGGAAACUUACUGGGGCAUUAAUGGUGAAGCUUUUAUUAUGCAUACAAAAUCAAUAGUGAGAAUCUUGUUUUGAUCUGAAUAGCUCCAAUCUGAGGUAUUUAUCUACCUGCUUGUGUGAAGUCAAAAUGUGUGCAACAUUUAAAUUAUUGUAUGCAGGUAUUUUGUCAUUAUUGAGGAUUAUUUACGAUUAAUGUCUGAUAUAUAAGAGCAUUGCUAGGGGUGAAUCUAGUCUUGAAAAUAACUGGAAAUAUUUAAAAACUGGCCUGAUGUAUUUUAACUGUAUAUUUCAAGACUGGUCUAUGUUUUAACACUGGUAUGAUUUAUAGCUAAACUGGUAUGAUUUAUUUCUAAACUGUUGCAGGGAUCUGGUCGUACAUUUAUUGUUUUAAUUUUAUUUCAAUUUUAUCUGAAUGUAUGUUAGUGUUAUGAUUAAUGCUCAGCUCGUUUUGAAAUUGUUGGAUUAUUUAUUUUGGCUUAAUGAUAAACAAAUCCCAAACUCAGUUUUAUAUAGUGCUUUAUUUUAUGUUUUUCCUUUUGUUUCAUAGGGAAAUAUCAGUGAUUUAAAAACAAUAAAGCACCCUAUCGAAACAACCAUGGCAAUUGAGAAAAUGACAGUAACAAUUAUGUUUUGUUUAAGUGCUUUAUUGUGAAAUGAUGUUGUUUUUUAACAUUAUAAUUUCAGCAUUAUUCUCUAGUUUAACUCUUUUAAAAAAGUAAAUAGUUUGUGGAAAAAACAUAAAAUAAAAAGAAAAUGUGUUGGUGUUUGGUAGAUUACCGGGUAUAUAUUUGUAUUUACUCGUGGCUAAGUAAAGUAUGAAAUUAAUAAUUUCUCGGAUAACUCAUGAAUUAAAAUUAAUAAUCAUAUAAAACUAACAAAUAUCCUUUAUAUUGUCAAGGGUUUUCUUGAACUUCACAAAAGUCGAGUGUUUGGGUCAUUCAGUUUCUGAUUAAUUGUUGUCUGAGUGUUCAAGUCUGGGGUAAGUAGUUUUGGUAACGGACUCUUUAAAAAAAAAACUGAGAGCUUAAUAAAAGACAAAACAGUAUUACUGGAAUUAUUUUGGCCUUUAAGUCUAUGUAUGGUGAAUAGAAAAUAUUAGUAUUUAUGCAUUUGAAUUAUUUGCCUUAUACUUGUUUUGUCACAUAUUUACCACUUUUGUGUUGUUCUUUGCUGUCUUUGAUGUUAAUCAAGCACAGUGCUUAAAAGUUAAACAAUUUAUUCUUUGCCCAAAUUUUAAUGCACAUGUGUGUUUUUGUUCCUCUGAUACUAACUAACUGAGCAGUAUAGAAGACUUUCGAUCUUAACAUAUUUAUGAAACUUAUGUUUCGAGAAAUGGUGUUAAAAUUGUUACCUUUUCUAAAAGCAGGAAUUCAUGGACGUUUUUGUCAGACGCAUUUACAGCUGUUUGGUAUUAGAUGGAGCAUUUAUUGUAGACACCAUUUUAUUUUGUUCUGUUGUCCUUCUUUUUAAUAUUUAAUAUAUGCUGAUGAUAUCUGAUUGCCUGAAUGUAGUAUGCACAUAUGGGUAAAAAAUAUAUGAAAGAAGUAUUUAUUGUUAAGCUUUAUUUGUGUGAUUCACAUCAACUUCUUUGCAUUAUUCAGUAGAUUGAAAUUUGCCAUUGUACAACUCUGUGGUUUCAUAUAUUAAACUUUCUCUGUGAAUUCCUAUAAAAUGGAUGUUGGAAAGUGCAUAAUGUAACAUCAUUGAGUAUAGUUUCAGUUGAUUUUUUUUGUCAUGACUUAUAUCCCCAAAUAAAAAGCUUACCACUACUGUCAAACAACUUUGUUGGCUCUUAACUUGUUUGUAAUGUUCUACAUUUAAUAUUUAAAGUGCAUAUGUUUGUAUUAUUUUUAUUCCCUAUAUAAAAGUAUUAUUCUGUGUUCAGCUAUUGUCUUUAAUGAAGUUGUAAUGUUGUUUACAUAUUCACACAAGAUUUUAAGGUUAUUUUAAGAAGAUCUUAGAUUAUAUAUUUGUUUGUUUUAAUUUUACUUAUGAGCUUCACUGGCCAGAUUUUUCAUGAAAACCAUGACUGGCCUCUAACAUGUUAAAAGAUUUGUUGUGUCAUUUAAUCGCUCAUCAUAGCUUUAGAACCAUUCAUCUCUAAUAAUUGCUCAAAUUUGUCCUUUUCAUGAUCAUUUGAGCCAGAUUGUUGGAAGACUGGGAUUAAUGCAUGUGCAUAAAGUAAGUCAGCGCAUGAUUAUCAGAGACAAUGCUUUCCGCUUUUAUUGAAUUUUUCAGGAUAUAGAGAAUACUAGGUAAGCGUUUAAUAGAGAGAAGUUUAUGUUGGGAGGCUUAAAACGCCGGGAGCGCAAGCCUUGGCGAGCGCUUUCGGUGUUCAAGCCAAGCACAUAAACUUCUCUCUAUUCAACUCUAAUCCUAGUGUUCUAUUUAUCCCAUCGCAUUUUUACUAAACAAGAAAAAUAACAAACAAACGUGGCAUGUUUGGAAACUUCAAAAACAAUGAAACACAGCGAAUGAUUGUUUGUCUAUUAAUGACGUCAUUUGUCUGUGCAUGCGACAGGUUUAUUCAACAAGAGGCUAGAGGGAUAGAGGCUAGUCUAUUCCAUGGGGUGUUAUACCGUCAAUGUCUUGGUGAAGAUGGAAUAAAAGGAAAUAAUUAUGUUCUAGAUGAAAUUUACUUAAUGUGGAAAGUUUAAUCCCUUGUUUCCCUGUGUGGACUGCACUUUACGCUCAUGCAUUAAGCUGGUUUGCCUAGAUCACAGCUCAUUUGUUCUGGUGCUGAAUUGUUUAUUUAUUUAUAUAUACACUUUAAUCCACUUUCAUUUGAACCAAUCAAUAUUUCAUUGAUAAAAUGUCUUGUAGCUGCAAAUCUUACAAGUCAUGUUUUAACAUGAAAAAGUAUGUAAAAAACUAAAGCUCAUUUUUAAAUUAGUCAAGUUCAGAAUGGUAUUCUUGGAGAUUUGUUGAAUCACUUUUAGAAAUUAUAUUGUUUUGCAUUUUUAGAACAAAAACAAGUAUUGCAAAAUGGAUACCAGGAAUUUUCAUGCAGAUAAAAUAUAGAUUAUUGUUUGUAUUGACUGAAGUAGUGUCAUGUGUUAGUUUUUAUGUCCCCCACUAUAGUAGUGGGGGACAUAUUGUUUUGGCCCUGUCUGUUGGUUGGUCUGUUGGUUGGUCUGUUGGUUGGUUGGUUUGCGCCAACUUUAACAUUUGCAAUAACUUUCGCAAUAUUGAAGAUAGCAACUUGAUAUUUGGCAUGCAUAUGUAUCUCAUGGAGCUGCACAUUUUGAGUGGUGAAAGGUCAAGGUCAUCCUUCAAGGUCAAAGGUCAAAUAUAUGGGUCAAAAUCGCUCAUUUAAUGUACACUUUUGCGGUAUUUCAAUAUUCAAGAUAGCAACUUGAUAUUUGGCAUGCAUGUGUAUCUCAUGGAGCUGCACAUUUUGAGUGGUGAAAGGUCAAGGUCAUCCUUCAAGGUCAGAGGCAAAAUUAUGUGGACAAAAUCGCUCAUUUUAUGAGUACUUUUGCAAUAUUGAAGAUAGCAACUUGAUAUUUGGCAUGCAUGUGUAUCUCAUGGAUCUGCACAUUUUGAGUGGUGAAAGGUCAAGGUCAUCCUUCAAGGUCAGAGGUCAAAUAUAUGUGGCCCAAAUCGCUUAUUUUAUGAAUACUAUUGCAAUAUUGAAGAUAGCAACUUGAUAUUUGGCAUGCAUGUGUAUCUCAUGGAGCUGCACAUUUUGAGUGGUGAAAUGUCAAGGUCAUCCUUCAAGGUCAAAUAUAUGGGUCAAAAUUGCUCAUGUAAUGUCACUUCUGCAAUAUUGAAGCUAGCAAUUUUAUAUUUGAAAUGCAUGUGUAUCUCAUGGCGCUGCACAUUUUGAGUGGUGAAGGGUCAAGGUCAAGGUCAUCCUUCAAGGUCAAACGUCAUAUAGGGGGACAUUGUGUUUCACAAACACAUCUUGUUAAUUUUUGCACAAUUUCUUGAUGAUUUUUCCUUAAUAGUAAAAGCCCAUUGAUGAUUGAAGAGUUUUUAGGUGAUUUUUUAACUAUGAUCAGCAUUAAUUGCCUAUCACAAUGUAUUAUUUUAAGUGACAAAUAAUAUAUACAUUUGUAUUUGCACAUUUUAAUUGAGGUUUUAUAUGUUAAAUUUGGAAUCUCAAUAUUUGUUCAUGCUUUAACAUAUGUUAAUGCUCACUUUUUACAGUGUUUCUGUUAAUGUAUUUACAUCUUGCAUUUUCUCUUUGCACUGCAUCUGCAUAUGUGUUAUGUUUUUAAAAAGGCUUACACUCUUAUACGUAUACAUGUGUGUGUUUUUUUGUUAUUGAGAACAGUUCACUGUCUACAUUCUUGUUAUAUAUGCUUCCAUUUGUGAAGGUCAUUAGAUUUGAACAACUACAGUUUACAUUUGGUCAAAGCUUGGGAUAUCUAUCGAUGGUUAUAAGACAACGAUAAAUUUUCUCAGUUUUGUACAAAACUCAUUGAUGGAAAUGAAUGUUAAAUGGAGUGUUGAUAGUUCGUAUAAUAAAAAACCUGUACCAUGCACACUGAUGACGAAAAUUACAUAAAAGUAUAAAUUUGUAUAAAAUUUACUAUUAAUUUUAGUUGACAAACGGGCCUCACAUUAUGUGUAGAGCUAUAACAUACAUCAAAGGUUCUCAGAUGGAUGCAUUGUUUACAAACACUUGUUCUGCUGUUUUUCUCACAAUAACCUCCUCACAUGUUCCAGCCUUAUUGGUUGUUUUUAUUUUUGUCAAAAUGGAGCCUUGUCCUGGUAAAAGUGGGCAUGUGUGUCAAGUUGUGUCCCACAUAAGCCUAAUCAAGGACAACCUUUUCCUCUUUUAUGGAAAGUUUUGUUUAAGAAAAUUUCUUCUAUACAAAAAACAAGUCCAGGCAGAAAGUUUGGUCGCUGAUUGGCCUGUGCAAAUUGCACAGGCUAUUUUGAGACAACACUUUGCAUAUUAGUUAUGCCCAGUUUUCCCAUAGCGAGGCACAAUUGUUUACUGUAUAACAUGACUGUUGUCUGAGUUUACACACCUCUUGUGAUAGUUGCCAACACUCUUACUUACUUUACUGUUACUGUUACUUGACCCUUGAUUUGUUAAAUGUUUACAUUUAUUGUUUUUGAAUUGCAUAUUUGUAAUUUAAUGGAACUAUUUAUUAUGUCCCCAACCUCUUUGAAAAAGUAGGGAUAUGUUGUUUUUCACCUUUCAGUCAGUUGUUUCUUCUUGAUAUUAAUGAGGACACUUUGGUACAGGUUAAUUCAGAGAAAAGUAAAGGCUGUCGCUUUUUAUUUUAAGGUUAGAUGGUCAAAAAUCAAGGCAACGGGUUAUGUUUGUGAUAUGGAAUUUGUUUCCACAUAAUGUCUCAAGAACACUUCACCCUGACAUCAUCCAAAUUAAAAAAGAUAUUAAGGUCAAGGUCAAAAGGGCUUGUAACAUAAAAAUUGUUUCCGCCAUAGACAAUUUUGUAUCAAUAGGAUAUCUUGGUUACAUUUUGUCUAAAAUUAUUAAAUUAUGCAAGUUCUAUAGGUAAGAGUUCUAAGUAUAUAAGAAAGUCCUUUAACGACUGCAAGUAUUGACGACUUUGCUUCAAGUCUUAGGGCAACACCUCAUGUUAAUAUGUACCUUUAUUAAUCUAACAGGCAAAUGUUUGUAAAAUGAUCUGAUGUUUAAGAUCUGAUGUUUAAAGUUUUGUCCGUUUUUACUUUUUUAGUGAAACACUUCUUGUUGCAGUGUUUGAUCUGAAUAUGUUCAUUUAUUUUGUGUCUGUACAUAAUUCUAGCACAUUUAUUGUGUAUAUCGGUUUUCUGAGUUUUUUGGCCCUACCUGGGUAGCUAUUAAUACUUCUUUUUGCAACUUAAAUUAAGUUUGAACAAAACAGCUAGCAUAUCAUAAGGUGAACAACUAGCUUAGAACACCUAUAUAUUUUCUGUUGGUGAUUUUGGUGUUAAAGCUUUUAGUGAUUUGGUGAUUGUUAUGCUCAUGUUUAUCAGAUAAUCUGUCUUAUUGUAUAUUUAUUUUAUGUGUAAUUAUUAACAAAUAUAUACAUACUUCCUGGAAUUCUUACCACGUAUAGAAGUAUUCUUUCAAGUAAUAGCAAGUCAGUGUUGGAAAGAUCUUAUAUUUUCUUAUUUUUAGCUAACCUGAUUGCUCAGGUGAGCUUUUGUGACCGGUCUUUGUCUGUCGUCCAUCUGUCCACAUUUGUUCGUAAACACUCUAGAAGCCUGAUUUAUUGUCCGAUCUUCAUGAAACUUGGUCAGAAGCUUCGUCCCAAUGAAAUCUCGUUUGAGUUUGAAACUGGGUCGUGCCGGGUCGAAAACUAGGUCACUAGGUCAAAAAAAGGAAAAAACUUUUAAACACUGUAGAAGUCACAUUUCAUGCCCAAUCUUCAUGUAACUUUGUCAAAUUGUUGGUCUUAAUGAUAUGUUGGUUGAGUUCAAAAGUGGUUCUGGUCCAUUGAAAAACAUGGACGCCAGUGGGCGGGGCAGUUUUCCUUAUUUAGCUAAGUUUUUUUUUCUAAGUAGAUUUCUUGUAAACACUCUAGAAGUCAUAAUUUUUGCCCAAUCAUCAUGAAAGUUGGUCAAAACAUUGGUUUUAUUGAUUUCUCGAACGAAUUCGAAAAUGGUCCAGAUCGGUAAAAAAAAAACAUGGCUGCCAGUGGGCGGGGCAUUUUUCUCUAAAUGUAUAUAGUGAAAACAUGUGAAGACUCUAGAAGUCACAUUUUUGGCCCAAUUUUCAUGAAAUUUGGUCAGAACAUUUGUUUCCUUGAUACGAGAGUUGAGUUAAAAAAUGGUUCCGGUCAGUUGAAUAACAUGGCUGCCGGGGGGUGGGGGGCAGUUUUCUUAUAUUUACAUAGUAAAAAAAGCUGGUGAACACUCUAGUAGUCACAUAUUUUGCCCAAUCAUCAUGAAACUUGGUGAAAUGAUUGGUUUUAUAUAUAUCUCAGAUGAGUUCACGAAUGGUCCCAAUCGGUCAUAUAACAUGGCCGCCAGGGGGGGGGGGGGGGGGGGGGGGGCAGUUUUCCUUAUGUGACUAGAGAGAAACCUUGUGAUCGAACACUAAAGAAGUCUCAUUUUUUGCCUAAUUACGUGAAACUUAGUCAAUACAUUGGUUUUAUUGAUUUCUCAGACAAGUUGGAAAAUGGCUCAGAUCGGUGAAACACUUUUAGCUCACCUGAUUGCUCAGGUGAGGUUUUAGAAUUGAUCUUUGUCUGCCGUCCGUUCGUCCACAUUUGGUUUGUAAACACUCUAGCAUUCACACUUCACAAGCAUUCUUUAUGAAAGUUGCUGAAAGAUCUCAGUCAAGUUUGAUAAUGAGCAAAAUCACAUAAUUAAUGCCAUAAUUAUUGCCCUUAGAUUGUCCAAAUGUUCAUUAUAUUAUAUAAAAUCCUUGUAAACACACUAGAGGUCACAAUUUUGUCAGAUUUUAUGAAUCUUGGUCAAAAUAUUUAUUUUUGGAAGCAAAGUUUGAUGUUUGGUAAGGGGGGUCAACUCAAAAUAUAGGUCACCAGGUAAAAUCUUACAAAAACACUCCAUAUGCCAGAGUUUUGGUUCAAUAAUGAUGAAACUUGACCAGGAUGUUUGUCUGGACAAUAUCUAGGUCAAGUUUGACGUUUGGUAAAGAUUAAAUGAACCGACUCAGGUGAGCGAACUAGGGCCAUCUUGGCCCUCUUGUUUUAUUUUACUCACUGCUUAUAGAAUCUCGCUUGUUUUUAUUAAAGCUUGGCUCUGGAAAAACAUGGCUUAAUGCAUGUGCGUCCCAGUUAAGCCAGUCCAAUCUGUAACUGAAAGUGUUGUCAUUGAUAAGUAUGUGCUUAAUGCACAGGCUAACAUGAGAUGACACCGGGAUUACGUAUUAAGCCACUUUAUUGCAGAGUAAGGUUCAUUUGUAUGUAUCUACACAUAGUGAAUUGUUUGUGCAUUUUUUAUCUUGGUCUGUCUUUUGACAAGUUCUUAAAAAACAAAAUGGUGACAAACAGUACAGAUAAUUGGAAAUAACUUGUUUCAAAUGACAGAUUUUGUUUAAAAAUACAUAGACAUUCCUCAAGGUAUCCUUAACCCUUUACCACUUACAUAUGUAUUUUGAUGCAUUUGUGGUCCCUUAGAAAGUAAAAUUCAAUGAAAGACUUUUCUUAUUAGAUUCAUGUUUUUAAGGCUUUAUCUCCAAACAUUAGAUACUGAUGACAAGCAAACGGCAUAAAACCUGAACAAACUGCAAGUAACUCGCAGACUGUUCUGGUUUUAUGCUGUUUUCACAUAGCCAUUUUCACUUUGCCGCUGAGUGGAAAAGGGUUAAACAUAACCAGUACUCAAAAAUUGUUCCUUAAUAUUGAGAUUCUAUGUCUCAUAAUAAUGGAUGAAUUACUAGUAAUUUGUUUCUAGUAAAACAUGUUUUGUUUGGCAAAAUACAAUCAAUGUACACAACUACUUUUUGCUUUUGGAAACGUUUAACAUGUACAUAUAAUUUGUUUGAAAGGGUAAUGCACAGUGGUCUCUUGAUAAACUUGAAAGAAUACUCAUUCAAAUAAAAUAAUAUCGCCUUACAAAAUCAUUUCUGAUAUUACUUUGAAUUAGCUACUUCUAUUCCUAUUCAUUUGAGUCUUAAGGCAGCUUGUGUUUUAUUCAGUGUUUAACCUGACAUAAAAAUGAUUUUGUAAAUAUUAUACAUUGUGUUAUUGCUGUGACUUUCCUAUUUUGGUGUGGUUAGGUGCUGUUCUCUUUGUUAAAUUUUAUAUUGGGCAGUACAGUAUCUUCAACUAUGAUCAUCACUCUCAUUUAUGGACAUGUCUAGCUUCUUAGGGAUUUGUCAAGUGGUUUGCUGCCAUUGAUAUCAUGUUGAAUUUUUGUUGCAUGCAACACGUGAUUGGGUAUAAAUUUCUUCUUUGUUAGUUGUAGUUGUAGAUCUUUAUUUAGCUUUAGCUUGAAUCUCUUCUGUGAUUUUUUGAGCUGUGGUUUUCAUUGUUUUCACUUUUUUUCUUCACUAUAUUCAUAAAGUGGUGACUAGUUUUAGUUAAAACUUACAGACUUACUAAUAAUUGUUUUCUUUGAAUUAAUUUGUGUAUGUCUAAAUCAAUUGAAAUGAAAACCUGUAUUUAGAAAAGUGACAUUCUAUGAAUAAAACAUGGGGUUGAGAUUUAACACUAUCAUCUGUAUAUUACUUCACUUACUGACAAUAUAUGUAUAUAGCAGUGUU